GGCGGAAGUGACUGGGGGGCGGGCGAGCAUGAGGGUGUUGAGUCUGGAAAUUGGAAGAGACACUGUGGACGGACGGCACACAAGGAUUCGGUACCCAUGGAGGAGCAGGAUGCCAGAGUCCCAGCCCUGGAGCCAUUCAGGGUGGAGCAGGCACCGCCUCUAAUCUACUAUGUCCCUGACUUCAUCUCUAAGGAAGAAGAGGAGUAUUUGCUUCGACAGGUUUUCAAUGCCCCAAAGCCAAAGUGGACCCAGCUGUCUGGAAGAAAGCUGCAGAACUGGGGUGGGCUCCCCCAUCCCCGGGGGAUGGUUCCUGAGCGACUUCCUCCAUGGCUUCAGCGCUAUGUGGACAAAGUGUCUGACCUCAGCCUUUUUGGGGGUCUCCCUGCUAACCAUGUCCUUGUGAACCAGUAUCUGCCUGGGGAGGGCAUCAUGCCUCAUGAAGAUGGACCACUGUAUUACCCAACCGUCAGCACCAUCAGCCUGGGCUCCCACACUGUCCUUGAUUUCUAUGAACCUCGGCAGCCAGAAGAUGAUGUCCCCAUAGAACAGCCCCGGCCGUCUCCACAGCCCAUCACCUCGCUGCUGGUGGAACCGCGCAGCCUGCUGGUGCUCCGGGGCACUGCUUACACUCACCUGCUCCACGGCAUCGCAGCCACCCUUGUGGAUGAGCUGGAUGCCGCCUCGCUGCCGCCAAAUGCAGCCGCGUGCCAAUCCGCGCUGCCCGGAGCCCACUUGGUACGCGGCACCCGCGUCUCCCUGACCAUUCGCCGUGUGCCCCGCGUGUUGCGCGCCAGCCUCUUGCUGAGCAAGUGACUGCUCAAGUCCUGCCCGUUCUGUUACUUUGGAACCCUAGGGUAGAGGUGGCCGUCCAGGGUUAUUUAUUUCCCAGUAACUGUGGAAACCGUGGAGAGGACGCCGUUCCAAAUAAACCGAAAAUACUUUU